AUGGUCGUCAAAGAAUAUGUGACCUAUAACCAGGUCCACAAACUAUGUCAAGAAGCCGCACCACGAAUUCUCGAUGAAUUUCAACCUCAACUCAUGAUUGCUAUUGGUGGUGGUGGAUAUGUUCCUGCGCGAAUCCUCCGGUCGUUUUUAAAACAGCCCGGAAGUCCUAAUAUUCCUAUCCAAGCUAUCGGGCUCUCGCUAUACGAACAGCUUCCUUCUACACACCCUUCUUCGUCGAAUACUCCAGGAGAGGUUGAGCAAUUGGGUACAAAGGUUACGAGAACUCAAUGGUUGGAUUUGAAUAGUUUGGGUAAUAUGGAGAAUUUGGUGGGAAAGAGGAUUCUGAUCGUCGAUGAAGUGGAUGAUACAAGAACCACUUUGGAGUAUGCUGUUAAGGAAUUGGAGAAGGAUGUCGAGCUUGCUAGACAAAAGUUGGGUGGUCAGGGAGAGAAGACUGUUUUCUCUGUCUUCGUAUUACAUAACAAGAAUAAGGAGAAGAAGGGUACUCUCCCUGAGGAUAUGUUGAAAGAUAAUAGAUAUCUCGCAGCAAGAACCGUGGAGGAUGUAUGGAUUUGUUAUCCUUGGGAAGCGCAAGAUAUUGAGGAACAUGAUGAAUUGGCUCGCAAACAAACUACUCAAUAG